AUGACAAGCAGAGUAGACGUCCUUACUUGGUCAAACAUCAAAUUACAAUUAAAUACAGGUGAAAAACAACUCCUUAUCGAUGAUGUUAGCGGAACCGUAAAUGCUGGAGAAUUAUUGGCACUUAUGGGUCCUUCAGGUUCUGGUAAAUCCACAUUAUUAAACAUAUUAGCUCAUCGUUCUAUUUCAGGUAAUAUGACCCAAACUGGAGAAAUCUUGGUUAAUAAAGAACAUGCAACUUUAAGUAAAAUUAAACAAUUGUCAAGUUAUGUUGAACAAGAAGAUUCAUUGAUCGGUUCAUUGACAGUUAAGGAAACUGUUGAUUUUGCUGCUAAAUUCGCUGGUAUCGACUCUAAUUAUAGAAAACAUUUAGUUGACAAGACUAUUGCUGUAUUGGGGUUGGAAGAGCAAAGAGAUGUUAAGAUCGGUAGUCCGAUUCAAAAAGGGAUCUCUGGUGGUCAAAAGAGAAGAGUAAGUAUAGCUUCCCAAAUCAUUACUACUCCUUCAAUAUUGUUCUUGGAUGAACCUACUUCUGGUUUAGAUUCUGUUGCUUCCAGAGAAGUUAUAACGACCAUUAAGAAGCUUGCUACUGAAGAAAACAUGAUUGUUAUUUGUUCAAUCCAUCAACCUUCUACCCAUACUUUUGAAUUGUUUGACAAAGUGCAUUUCUUAUCUAAAGGUAAGACAAUCUAUCACGGUAAAGUUGAUAAUGUUGUCAAAUACUUCGAUAAGGCCGGAUAUCCUAUUCCACCAUACGUCAAUCCUUCAGAACAUGUUUUAGAUUUGAUUAAUACUGAUUUCACUGGUGAUGCUCCAAAAGAAGAAAAAUUCAAAAUCUUGGAUGACCUUCGUACGAAAUGGGAAGAAUGUGUUACAUGUCACGAAUGGGAAAAAGACGACGACAAUUCUGAUUAUGACUCAAACCAACCAAUCGAACUCGAAAAAGUCGACGUAAAGAAAGAAAUAAGAAACACAUUCAUUCUUCUCCACAGAGUGCUUACCAAAGCCAGAAGAGAUGUUUUGACAUAUUAUGUCAGAUUGGUCAUGUAUUUAGGUUUGGCCAUUUUAAUGGGUACAGUUUGGCUUAGAUUAGGUGCUGGUCAAGAGAAUAUUCAACCAUUCAUCAAUGCUAUCUUCUUCUCAGGUGCAUUCAUGUCAUUUAUGUCAGUUGCUUAUAUCCCAUCUUAUCUUGAAGAUUACUCCAGUUUUAAGAAGGAAAGAUUGAACGGGUUAUAUGGUCCCUUAUCAUUUUGUCUUUCCAACUUCCUAGUCGGGCUUCCGUUCUUAUUCCUCAUUGCACUCAUAUUCAGUAUUAUUACAUUCUUCAUGGCAAACUUUAAUCAAAGAGCUAUUGGGUUUUUCUAUUACUUGAUGUGGUUAUUCCUUGAUCUUGUUGCGGCCGAAUCCAUGACUAUUUUCUUUGUGUCGGUCUUCCCUAAUUUCGUCAUUUCAUUGGCAUUAGUUGCGUUUGCUAAUGGUUUAUGGAUGGCAGUUGGUGGGUUCUUGGUGUCUGCAAACAUCUUGAAUGUUUUCUGGUAUUACACCUUCUAUUGGAUUGAUUAUCAAAGAUAUGUGUUCCAAGGAAUGAUGUUUAACGAGUUUAAUGACAGAAACUUUGAUUGUGAUUCCAAUUGCCACUGUAUGUAUAGUUCUCCAUUAGAGGGCCAAUGUCAAAUCGAUGGUAAAGCUGUUUUGCAAGCACUUGGAUAUGGGAAAUAUGACAAGGGGCUUUGGGUUGGCGUUUUGAUUGCCAUUAUUUUCUUUUACAGAGCUGCCAGUUAUCUCGUUUUGAGAUAUAAGAAGUAA